AUGGAGGAAGAAGAAGGUAUUUCUCUUCUCAAAGUCGACGACGAUAACAAGGAGGAGAAGGAAGAAGAAGCACCGAAUGCGACAGAGUUGCAAAAGUCGACGCAAUUGCAAUUUUUGGGUGAUGAUGAAGAUUCAAAGAAAGAAGAAAAAAAAUUAGAAGAAGAAGAAGAAAAAACGAACAAUAACAACGCUUUAGUAACGACGACGACGACGACUUUGAGUAAUAAUAAUAAUAACGAUGAUAAAAAGAUCUUGUACCGAGACGUCCGCGCGGACACGCGAUGCUCCAUCUGUUGGGGCACCGUGAAAAAUUGCGUCACGGUGAGAGUGUGUUUACACCGAUUCUGCAACGACUGCGUGCAAGAAUCGAUUCGGAAAAAUCAAAUGUGCUGCCCAGAGUGUCGAGCGAAAGUGGCGUCGAGACGAGAUUUCGUCAAGGAUCCGAAAUUUGACGCGAUUGUGAGCGCGAUUUAUGCAGCGAAAGGAGGCGCUGAAUCGUACGACGAGAAAGAGGAAAGGUUUUCAAGGAAAGAGGCGACGACGAUUUUGGAGGAUAACUUGGAGAAACAGAGAGAGGAGAGGAACCGAUACGACGCCAUCGCGGAGCAGAUCAAGAAGGAGCAACAGGAGAGAAAAGAGCAGAGAUUGGAGAGGGAGAGACUUCGGGCGCAGAAGGAGAUAGAACAAAGGGAGAGAAUGGCGGCUGUGGAACGCGACAUGCGAAUGCAGCAGCAAGAUCAGUUGCAAAGACAUAUUAUGAUGCAACAACAACAGAGAGCGUUGGCGGGAGGAGGAGUUGCGACGGACCAUCAGUUAGAGAAAAGUGUCGGCAUAAUCGAUGACUACGACGAUUUGAUUCAAGGCGAUCGGUACAAGAGUCAAGCGGAGUACGAUCGACGGGUGAGAGAAGCGAAAGAUAAGAUAAAACGCGAAGCAGACGCAAAGAGGAUGGCAAUGAUGGCGUCCGGGAUGAAAAUUUUUAACUGGGAAGACGAUAACAAGUUGAAGCCGUUGCCAGCGCGAAUGGAUGUGGCGAUUAAGACGAGCGAUCAUGCGAAUGACAAUGAAAAUACAAGCGAACAGCUAGAAAAACGAAAACGAGAAGAAGAAGAACGACAGGUACAGUUGAAGCGCGAAGAGGAGCGACGAAAUUUCGAGGCAUUUACAAGAGAACAUAAAAUGAGCGGAAGAGUGGACUAUAAGAAAGUCAAGGAGCAGUUGUCGUUUACAGACUUGGUGAAAGCGAAGAAGUUUGAUUUAGAGCUCGCGAACGGGACGAGCAAUAGCAAAACAGUCUCUGGCAAGGAGAGUGGCGAAGGCAAAGAUCGAGGAAGCGACGAGGAGAACGAUGUAAGUCUCGCAAAUAUCAACAAUCGCGCGGCGCAGGGACACCAUGCCGCCACCGCCAACGCCGCAACCACCGCUGCACCUAUCAAUCUGCGUGGAUUUGUACCGAAGAAAAUGACAAUUUCCCACGAGAAUGGGAUGAUGCACAAAAGCGCUAUUGCUAAGGAAGAUUUCAUGCACAUCUCCUUACGACGCGUGUUGGGAGAUCCACUCGCGAUUGCAAAGUUUGAUCACAUGCUCGUCCCGAAAGAUUUGACGAUUGAAAACCUGUUAUCCUCGUUCGUCGUGCAAAACUUUUUCGUCAGCGCUAUCGUCUGGAAAGACAAAGAUGGUUCCGAAGAGAAGAGACAGAACGAACAGCUGAGAGUCGCAAACUUUAAGUUUGGCGAAGAAGCGGACGAAGUCAUGUGCGCGGAAUGCGGCGCGGGACAUUCGCCGGAGAAAAUUUUACUUUGCGAUGGAUGCGAUGCCGGUUUGCACUGCUUCUGCUUGACGCCGAAACUCGACGAUAUUCCAGAAGGCGACGAUCCGUGGUACUGCGACAAAUGCGAAAGCAAAAAGCCGCACAAGAAUACAACCGUGUACGAACUAUUCAAGGAUGAAAUAGAGAAAGGCGCUUUUCCUUUGGUUUUGAAUUACACCGGGCGCGCUUAA